CCCCACUAUUCCCAAACAAAAGGUGAUCAAAGACUGCCACCAUCCAAAAGCAACAACCUCUCUCUCUCUCUCUCUCUCUCUCCCCCUCUCCCCCCCCUCUAAUUCUAAAUAAAGCUCUCCAACUUUUUCUUUCUCAUCUCGAAAUUUUCUCGGAAUUUUGUGGAACUGCAGCAAAUUGAGUCGUAGAGUUUUGGUGUUAAUGACUUUUUGAACUGACCAAAACCUGAGGUUACAAGUAUAUGGUUUUUAUUCAUAGAUGAUUAUAAAAGCUUAGGUGGAGCAUCCGGGUGCAACCUCCACGGGUUAGAAGGCCGUCAAUUUAGGUCUCUUAUGCAAGUGCCUGUCUGGUGGAUAAUCUCUAAAUAUGUCGAGUGGAUCUGUGAGACGGGUGUCACGUCAAGAUAUACAACUGGUGCAGAAUCUUAUCGAACGAUGUCUGCAGCUGUACAUGAAUCAGAAGGAAGUUGUGGAUACUCUACUGGAUCAGGCAAAAAUAGAGCCUGGUUUCACAGAACUUGUCUGGCAGAAGCUUGAAGAGGAAAAUCGGGACUUCUUUAAGGCUUAUUACCUGAGAUUGAUGGUGAAGCAUCAAAUAAUGGAAUUUAACAGCUUGCUUGAGCAGCAAGUGCGACUGAUGCGUCAAGUACACUCAACUGGAGUUGCUUCAAUACCUGCUUCAAAUGGCUCUCACAUUUCAUCAUUGCACCAAAACUCGGCAUGCUAUGCCCCCGAACACGUUGGGCCAGCUUUGAAGGCAGAAAAUAUGCACCAUGGUGUUGGUUCCUGCUUAAAUACAACAUUCACAAAUGGUGGGUCCUCGUUGCAUCCAAGUAUGCACAAUGCUGUUGAGAUGUCUGCUCAUGCUGGUAGGAUUGAUGCCCCAUCAAAUGUGCUUUCAAGUCAGAACACCCACAUCAGUUUGAUGCAAGGAAUAAAUGGUGGAAUUAUCAAAUCAGAAGUUGGAUAUUCAGGCAAUUCUCCUUAUAUUUUUGGUGCUGAUAACAAUGUUAUAGAAGCACGGCCAAAUGUUGGAGAUUCGUCAGUUGCACCUUUCAGCAGUGUGGAUUCUAACUCACAAUCCCUGAAUGAAUCACUUCUUGAUGCCGACAAUGCUUCAUACGGAUUUUUAGGUCAGAUCCCUCGAAAUUUCAGUCUCUCAGAUCUGACAGCUGAUUUUUCUCAGAGUUCAGAUAUAAUGGAGUAUCCUAGGUCACCCUUCUUGGCAACAGAUGCUGAAAAUUUCCUGGAUUCUCGUGAAAGAGAACAUCAGGUAGAUAAUAAAAGAUUGGACACCAUAUCAGAAGGCUUGAGUUAUGAAGAUUUUGGCAGUGAAUAAUCAAUACAGUUAUGAUGGUCUAAUUCCACCCUGGAAUAGAAGGGUGUGUACAGAUAGAAUUUUAGAGCUUGUGCUUUGGAAUCACAAAUGUAAUAAUGUGUUGAAUGUAUUGGCUGCUCCAUAGAAGUCUGCUGACAUCUUCAUAUAGUGGAUAGUGACGAAUAUUGACAAUAGGAGGUUCAUUAGAAUGGGGAGAGCUAGUUUUCAAAGUGUUUUAUGUGAGACCAUGAAAUUCGUUGUAGUCAUCAUCAAGCAUUUGAUGAUAAUUUUGUGUGUUCAAGUGUGUUUCUGUUUUGAACAAAUGUGUUCGCUUUUGCUUUCAUAAGGGAUGUGUUCUAGACUUCUUACCAAAAAAAAUGAUGUGUUGUAGACUUUUACCCAAAAAAAAGGGUAGUGUUGUAGACUCGAUUAAUAGAUGCUUUACUUUUGAGACA